UUGUGGUCACAUCCGACACUGUUGACACAUAGCCAUAGAUUCCCAUUUUGGCAGCCACUCUUUCUCUCUACCCUCCAACGUGCUCUCCUUCCAAUCACACUCACAAUAACAAACUAACCAAUUCAAAGUUCACACACACACAGCUUGGGAAGAAAAUCGAGAAUUUUCCGAGAAAAUCCGAAGAAGGCGGGCCAUGGUUUCCCCGGAAAACAGCAAUUGGCUGUUCGAUUACCCGCUGAUCGACGACGUUAUUCCCGUCGGCGACGCCUCCUUUUCCGUCUCCGCCUCCGCCUUCUCCUGGCCCCCACCUCCCGCCAAUGUCAGUGUUGAAAUUGAUGCUUCGCUUGGGGAUUCUGAUGGCCCCAAAGAUACUGCUUUGAAGAAAAGGGCUAGAUGUGAUUCAAGUACUGCUUCUAGCUCUAAAGCGUGUCGGGAGAAGUUGCGGAGGGAUAGGCUUAAUGACAAAUUUGUUGAAUUGGGCUCCAUCUUGGAGCCUGGAAGGCCUCCCAAAACAGACAAGGCUGCCAUUCUGAUUGAUGCUGCCCGAAUGGUAACACAGCUGCGGGAUGAAGCCCUGAAGUUGAAAGACUCAAAUACGAGUCUUCAAGAGAAGAUUAAAGAGUUAAAGGCUGAGAAGAAUGAACUUCGUGACGAGAAACAGAGGCUUAAGGCAGAGAAAGAGAAGUUGGAGAUGCAGGUAAAAUCAAUGAAUGCUCAACCUGCUUUCUUGCCACCCCCUCCUGCAAUCCCUGCUGCAUUUGCUCCACAAGGCCAAGCCCCCGGCAACAAGUUGAUGCCUUUCAUCAGGUACCCGGGAGUUGCCAUGUGGCAAUUUAUGCCUCCGGCCACCAUGGAUACCUCACAGGAUCAUGUUCUCCGUCCACCAGUUGCCUAAGUUGGCAUUGUACAAUUGUUUGGGCUUCCAUUUUGGCCCAAAAGUUGUAUUCGUUUUCCCAUAGCUUUUUAGUUAUUAUCUUCUAAGUGUUCCAAGUAACUGGAUUCAGUGGUGGCUUUGACUGUAUUUGGCUUCUGAUACUAUUAUGAAGUAUAAUAGCUGGUAUUUGCAUGUAAAUGUUAAUAAGCUUGUCUGGCUGUCUUCGCAGCGGCUUUAAUUGUUGUUACUGCUUUUGAUAUAACCCAAAGGCAGAACCAAAAUAAUAAUAACAAUAAUAAUAAAAGGUCAAGCACAGCAACUUGCCAUUUUCGAA